UAUGGGAUCUAUGGGAUGUAUGGGAAUGGAGCUCUGAGGAACUGCUGCUUCCAGCACGAGAAGCACGAGUGGCUGCUGGGCCCCGCCGUGGAGGCGCUGCCGCCGCUGCUGCUGCCGCUGGCCGGCCCCGAGGAGCUCCCCGAGGAGCAGAUGGAGCAGCUCCCCGUGGAUCUGCAGUACCUGCCCCCGGAGCACCGCAGGGAGGAGGAGCCCGAGAUCCGCAGGAUGCUGCUGGAAACCUUGAUGCUGGUGCGCAGUUUGGGGGUUCUCUGAAGAGUUUUGGGGUUCC